GUGGGUAAAUUCUUUCAACAAUGGGCAGUUUCACCUGUAGCGUCAAGGGAAAAUCAAGCAUACUCAGCCAUAACAGGUGUUACAGGUUACAGCCCUUAAUGACUGCCCUGCAUAAUAAUGAGGUGACAGUAUCAAAGAGGUGACUGUAAGGAGGGGUUCCACUGUAAUACGAUAGGCCUGCAAUACACACAAAGGGUUGUUUGUUGAACCAAUCAUUUGUAAUUUUGUAAUUCUGACAUAACCAUUGCUAUCAAUGCUUAACACUAUACUGAAGUACAAUUUAGUAUUUGAUGUUGUUCUCUGAAUUGUUCUCUGCAGAUGUUCUGGUUGGCCGAUAAUUUCUUUUUGUCUUGCAUUGCUGCGGCUUUUAUGGGAUGGAUGUGUGCUAUGAUUGGACUGGUAAACAAUCAUGAUUCCAGCCACUGUGCUGUGACCAGUCAUCCUAUAUUGUGGAGAGUAGUUGGUCAUAUACAUGACUUCUUAAAUGGUGCAUCAUUCUAUAUCUGGAUUUAUCAGCAUGCAUUUGGUCAUCAUCCGUACACCAACAUUGACGGCUUGGAUCCUGAUAUCGUCACAACUGAGGAUCAUCCGGAUAUAAGACGGAUAAAGUGGAAUCAACAGUGGGUGCCUCGAUAUCUAUAUCAACAUGUCUAUGUGCCCCUUGUUUACUGUUUGCUUGGACUGAAGACUAGAAUUCAGGAUGUAACAAUAAUGUUCCUUAUAAAGAAAAAUGGUGUUAUUCGUGUAAAUCCUCCUUCCAGGUCACAGUUGACUGUGUUUCUUGGUGGCAAGCUGUUCUUCUUAUUUUACAGAGUAGUUCUCCCAUGUCUUUUGCUCUCAGUAUGGAAAAUGGUUGUGCUCUUUAUUAUUGCAGACAUUGUUGCCAGUUACUGGCUGGCUUUGACCUUCCAGGCAUCUCAUGUUGUGAGUGAGGUAGAUUGGGUGGAUCCUGAGAAAGAUGGAAAGAUGACACAAGAUUGGGCAGAGCUCCAGAUACAAACAACUCAGGAUUAUGCCACAGACAGCUGGUUUUUCAAUGUUUUCACAGGUGCUUUGAACCAUCAAACUACUCACCACUUGUUCCCAGGCGUGAGUCAGAUUUACUAUCCAGAAAUAACUCCCAUUGUACGUGAAACGUGCAAGGAGUUUGGUGUGAGGUACAACUACAAGGAUACAUUCUUCCAGGCACUUGGUUCUCACAUUGGACAUCUCAAGAGACUGGGACAGCAAACACAACAACAUAAAUUUACUAGCUCCAGGAAUGACUGAGGCUUUUUUAACAUUUGGAGGAGCGUUAGAAAUGUUGGAAAUCUCCUCGGAAACAAUAAUGUUCAAAAUACUUGUAACUUGCUCCAAUUCAUAACUAGUCAAGAAUAGUUCUUACUAGAACUGUCACAUGGCCAUGGCGCCAUAAUGACAUGUAGUGUUUCCUGGGCCUUGUUUAUGAUAGUUGAGCUUGGCAGAGACAGUUUUUUUUUUUUUUAUUCUGCAAGUGAAUUUAUGAAAGAACAUUUCUUUUAUUGUGUUCAGUGUUUCCUCAAUAGGUUGUGACCAACUGAAUAUAGCGGAUUCUGUAAAGAACCCAAUGUAUUACAGUGCCUCUUGUGUAUUAAGGCGGCGAAAUACGAGAUACAAAAAACCUCAGCUUGUCGCGCAACGUUGUUUCGUUGCAAGUAUUGGGACGAUGUUUCGCGUUUUUCACCUUGCGUGAUCAACUUGUCGCGCAACAAAAACAUGUGUUGCGGGUUGAAGAAAGUUGUUGCGAAAAGUAGAGCACGGGUCUACUUUGAGCAACAAAUUUUGGCUUUGUUGCUCGUUUUUCAUCAAACUCACAACUUGUCACGCAACAAAUUUGCUCAUGUUGCGCGGCAAGUUGAGGGUUUUGUAUCUCGUAUUUCGUCGCCUUUAGCCUGUAGUGGUUGGAUUAGAUAUGUACAGUAUGUUACGUUCAAUGGGUCUUGAAAGACUUACUCUAAAUUUUUCAAGCUUUUCAAUCUUAGUACAGCGUAAUUAUGCCCAGACCUCUUCGCCAUUCUCUCAGUUUGAGAGUGUUUUUUUUUUACCUUACCAAAUUAUUAUUUUUAACUUUCAUAUAUUUGAAGUUAAGUUUGUACUAAACAUUACUCAAUUUUACCAUAACAUAGUUCUUUUAAAGGGAAGAAAUUAUGCCUGCGACAACAAAUUUGAUUUAAACCUAUCUGUGGACUGUAAUAAGAAUCUAUGCAGAAGUAGUUUUUAGUGGGUAGUUAGCUAGUGGGUAUUUGGCCAUGUCAUCUCUUUCUUAGAGCCAGAGAUGUAUAUAUGUAUCCACCAACAUUUUUUUUACGAUAACUGCAGAAAUUCUCGCGCGCUCAUUGGCUAAUUUUUAUUGUCAAUAAGCGG